AUGACAACCACUACAUCAGAGGCAACCAUUGCUUGCAUUCAUGAACUUUUCUGCAGAUUUGGAUUUCCAGAAACACUCGUGUCCGACAACGGAAGCCAGUUCAUUUCUGCAGAGUUCCAAGCCUACCUCAAGCACAGGGGCAUUCGGCACGUAAGAACCGCACCGUAUCACCCAAGUAGCAACGGACUGGCUGAACGUUUUGUUCAGACUUUGAAGUCAGCGCUCCGCAAGACCAGUCCGAGGAGCGCCAGUGAGGAGUUAGCCGACUUCCUUCUGACGUAUCGUAAUACGCCUCAUGCUACGACAGGGGAGGCCCCUUCCACUUUGCUCCUGGGGAGACGCCUGCGGACCAGACUAGACCUCAUACGACCAGCGGUCGAGAACAGAGUGCGCCAGCGCCAGUUCGACCAGACAAGGCGUCACCCGUGUCGUGACAACGUCGUCGCUGUUGGUGAUGCCGUUCGUGUGCGCAAUUUCCGAUCGGGACCAAAGUGGCUGUGUGCAACAGUUCUUGCCCGUACGGGACCAGUGUCAUAUCGGUUAAGUGUAGUGACUCCGCGUGGUGUGUUCCAGUGGGUGCGUCACCAAAAUCACAUCCGCAACGAUAACACCGGCAUCGCCACGGAGUUCGAACUACCCUUCAGUGAAAGGCAGCAAGAAGUUCCCGCACAGGUCCCGGCCUGCGACUCAUCACAUGACGUCGACAGCUCGCCCACCGCACAAAGUGAACCGGCGGACACUUCAAACGCUCCUAGCGAACGUCGCUACCCGCAGAGACAGCGUCGCCCACCUGAUCGCUUUGUGCCGUGA